AUGUGGAGUUUGGUAUUUCUAGCAAGAGUUUCCGGUGUUGCAGUAGCAUUUCUUGUUCUCUUUUGGACUCUCUCUUUCAAAUCCAGCUUCCUCAAUCCUUCACUUCCUCAACAAGAUCUCAUCUAUUCAAUUCUUCAUCCUUUGCUCAUGGUCAUUGGGUUUAUCCUCUUAAGUGGAGAAGCAAUUUUGGUGCAUAGAUGGUUACCUGGGUCUAAGGGGUUGAAGAAAUUAGUGCAUUUAUGGCUUCAAGGGUUGGCUUUAUCUUGUGGGAUCUUUGGAAUUUGGACUAAGUUUCAGGGAAAGGAUGGGUUUGUGGCUAAUUUCUAUAGUUUGCAUUCAUGGAUGGGUUUCAUCUGUGUAUCCCUCUUUGGAGCUCAGUGGCUAAUAGGGUUCUCGAACUUUUGGCACCGAGGAGAAGUGCGAAGAGUGAGGAAAAUGAUGUUACCUUGGCAUGUAUUUGUUGGUCUAUACACUUAUGCAUUGGCAGUAGCAACGGCUGAAACUGGAUUACUAGAGAAGUUGACAUUCUUGCAAACACAGAGAAAUGUAUCCAAACACAACACAGAGUCCAUGCUUGUAAAUACUUUAGGACUCUCUCUUGCUCUCUUUGGUGGCUUUCUUAUUUUAGCUGCUGUUUCACCUAAUAACUAUCAAUUCCUUCAAACCAAAAUUUUGUAUUCAUCUUAG